AGCGUGGCGACGCUAUGUCAGACAUAUGUGAUCGUGACAUACACGUACUCAACGGCAGGGGACCCACAACGACCUCGUGCACUGCUCAUUAGAUCAUGACUUGUAACCACUGCCAACAACCCAGUCUGAUCACUUACAGACCUACAGCUACCAGACGGCAUAGCGACAUGCCAGCAUACGUUCAACCAUAGGGUAUUCAGCGAUGGAGCCAUGUUGUGUAACGGCGCUGCUCACUCAGGGUGAUCAGAGUGCCGGAUUCGGGGGUUAGGUAAUACUUGUAACCCAGGCGACCGUCGCGAUCCAGUCACAAACACGAGCAGACGUCAACCAGCAGUCGGCCAUGGCGGACCACAGAAAACUCGAAGUGAGAGAAAAGUUUAAGAAUCGUCAUGAAUUGAAAGGAAAUUCUGGAUACAUAUCAUCCAUAGUAUCCAAACUAUCAUUCCACGUGGUCGUCAACAAGGUCGGACCGUUUGUGUUCUUUAUUGUCUUGUUUGGUGUUUUCUACUGGGGAGUAACGGAAGCGCUGCCAUUCCUCUACAGCGAAUGGGAUGCCGUGUAUUUGAUAAUGAAUCAAAUCUUAUCCUGUGUUAUUUCGUUUGAAAUGAUGAUAAACUGGUUCUGUAUAAGGUAUGUGGAUUCGCACUACAACCCCUUCGUUCAUGGGACCGAGCCUACGAAUAAAACCGGAAGUGGACCCUGUAUACCAGUCGAGCAAGGAGCCGACCACCAGGUCACUGACUUUCACCGGAGUGAAAAGGACAUUAAUUCCAAUCAGACUAAAUCGAACGGAGUCACCAAAAGAAAAAAAGUAUACCGAAUGUUUGUCGCAACCACGUUGCCGGACAAAGACGGUCACUAUGAACGUGAAUCAUAUGACUAUUGGUCCUGGUCACCGUGUGUCGUCUGUAGGCGUCCUAGGCCGCCACGAUGCCACCAUUGCGUUCUGUGUCAGAGGUGUGUUCUGAAGAGAGAUCAUCAUUGUUUUUUUGCCGGAUCUUGUGUCGGGGUCAACAAUCAGAGACAUUUUAUAGUAUUUCUCUUCUGGACUUUUUUCGGUUGUUUUUAUGCUUUUAUUCAUAUGGCGCCUUAUGCAUACAUUGAAAUCCUUCCAAACAUAGCCUAUGUUGACCUUAUACCCCCUGUCUCACUCGUGCGUGCAUUAUUCGGAUACCAGCACUAUAUGAUUAGCUUCCUAACUUUCCUGGGAUGGUCGCUGACGUAUUUUGUAGUCCUCUCUGGAACCCAUCUCGUGGAUUCUUUCAGUAUUUUGUUGACGUCGCAGACGACAUUUGAACAGGCCAAUGAUAUCAACGUGACCGACUUUCGGACCAAUCUGGAACGUAUACGUGGCGUGUUUGGAGACAACUGGGUCCUCAACUUCAUUUUUCCGUGUCAUCGGAUGUUUAAACCAGCAGACGAUCCCGUGCUUUGGUCAUCUAUCAGAAUGUGAAUAUCCUCGUCUUAAAGAAGCGGACUGGAAACAUAUGUUCAAUCCAAAUCCAUGCGAUAUUUACCAGUAAUGUUAUAACCGCGUGUGUAUCACAAAAGUGAGUGAGUGAGUCGAGUUUAGCGCCGCUUUGAACAGCAUAGAAAAAUAAUCGAGGCGAACCGGGAUUCGAACCCACAAUCAUAGGUCCGCAAGGGACGCAACCCUGCGUGCAUCACAAACGUAAAUGAAAUAAACAAUAACCCAUGUCAGUGUUUAUAAUAUGCGUGACAAUGUUUCUUUUAAUAUCAAAAGAACGACCCGGAUUAAUAAUAGUGAGUAUGGUUUUACGCCGCCAGCAAUGUCACGGCAGGGGACUUCAUAAAGAUAGUUCACACAUUGUACCCAUAUGGCAUUGGCUGCCAUAAUUAUUCUCGUAACAUGAACAGAAGAAUUAGAGAGAGGGUUAAAUACAAGCACGACAUCCGAUAGUAAAUCCAUCAUAUGAGCUGCUGAACUGACUUAACUUUGGUCGGAGUGUAUUUUCAAAACUUCAAUGUUUCUAUGUUGAAACAGACUUAAUUUAUUGUAAUUGUAAGUCUUAUAUUACACUGAGGGGCAAAAGAACGUAUAUCUAUUUUAUUUCUUAAUGUUAUUGAAAAUCGAAAGAACUGUUGUUAAAUUUGUUUAUGUCUACUUAACCAUCACUCAUUCCUGCAAUAGUUUGUGAGUGAGUGAGUGAGUUGGGUUUAACGCCGCUUUUAGCAUUAU